GAAGGAUGGGUGGGAGAUGGUGCGUGUUCUGUAUGUGUGAUAGAAAUUGAGAGGCUUUUAAUUUCCAUCACAUUACUCUUCUUCAUCAAAUUUUCCUUCUCGUUCUUUCUUGCUUUCAUUGUCAAUUCGCCACAACUGGUUAUUCUGUGAAGGGACUCCACAACUGCUUCUGAUUCGCGUGCUUUGUAUCAACUUGGGAGGAAUUUUGGUAAGAUUUAGGGUUUACAUAUGUCAGCUGUGGAAAUAACUUGCAUCCUCUCUAGAAAUUUACAGAGAUUAUAGUCUGUAUCCAACUUUACUUCUGAAAGAGCCAACUUUUACUAGAUCUAGUCAGGGCUGUCCAAGAAAAAUUGAAAACUGUGAAACCGGUUCGGACAGAAUUGAUAUGUGCUUUUUGAAUUUUGUCUAUAGAUUAAUGGUCCGAACACAGAUUCAAAAAUUAAAAAACCGUGAAAUAUAGAUUAUAAUAGAAUUUUCAUUUCAAAACCGAGGAUUAACUGAACCGGAACGUGAGAUUUUAAAAAAAAAAAAUAUAUAUAUAUAUAUAUAUAUAUAAAUGUGUAAUAUUUAUAAAUAAUCAGAACUUUACUAAUUGUUAUGAAUUUUUUAACAAUUUUAUAUUAAUGUGACAAUGCUUAUUCUUUAUUUGGUUGCCGCCUUGGAUGAUUCUGAACUGGAAUAGUAGAACUUGCUUGCUGUAAUGUUAUCUGAAUCUUGAAACUAGCAACGCUUCAAACGCUUAUUAGUUAAUACAUUUCAUAACACUAAUAAGUGUUUAUACUUUGCAUUUUUGGUUGGCAGUAGUAUUAUUUUAUUUUUAUGGAAGAAAAUUUGUGGAUAAAAUCAGGACCGAACUAUGACUCACGGUUUGGAUUGGAACCGAACCAUGAGACUUUUAGAUUAGGAUUGGAUUUCAUUUUCUAAAAACCGUGAAAUACGGAUUAGGAUCAGAUUCAUAAGAAUUCGAUCCAAUCCGGACCGUUUUACAGUCCUAGAUUUAGUCUGAUCCUAUUUGGAUCAAGUAUUUGUAGAUGCAAUAAUCGUAAAUUGGGACUAAUUUAUAUUUAUUGUUGUAGGUGGUUGAUUUUACUAAUUGUUAGUGGAUUUUUAUUUAUUAUUUAUUAUAGAUUUCGGUCAAAAUAUGUUUGUCUUCGAUUAAGAAAUAAAAGAAUAUGGACCAAAGUAAGAAACGCAUAAAUAUUUUUUUUUUGCUUUUUCGAUUAUACUGUAACGAAUUUGUUUAGCUUUUGAGAUUAAAAAAAAAUUCGAGGAAAAGACAAAAACAAGUCAAUUGACUUUAAUUAAGCGAUGAUUAAAGAUUGUGUUUUGAAUUUUUUUUUUUUUUUUUUUUGAGAUUAUAUGUCUCUUGAGUCUUGCCCAUUGAUUAGAAGCGUGAAGCGAUAAGGUGUUGGGUAGCGGCAACUUAAGGAAAUUUGUCGUCGGUCAACUAAAUUUCCCAAAAAUUACGUGGUAAUGAAUAUAUUAUACUAUCCCGAUCCCUAAUUUAAGCAAUUAGUUAAUUUUCCGUGAAUUUUACUUGCCUCUUUCUCCGUAAAGACAGUGAAUUUUGUACAUGAAUUGUUUAGAUCGAAGAAAACCAAGCAAGCCUUCAUUUUUUGCACACUAGGCGGGGGUCAAUGUAAUUUUCUAAUGAGAACAAUUUUAUUUUGUAACAUGACCCUGCCCGAGUGGCUGGAGCUUCGCCCUCCUCUGGUGUCCUAACAACAAGGUGCUGAAUUAAUCCAAUAAUUUUAGUGGGAUUUGCAAUGAUAGCUGCGUGCUGAAGUAAUCCUAUAACAUUCUCGAGAUUUUGAACGAUAGCUUGGUAUAUCUACCAUAUGGUCAUUAACUAAGUUAUGUCUUGGAUUAACUAAUAGUUGUUCGGCAUUCAAGAUUGUGCUUAUGACCUUUGUUGUUUUUGUUUUUGUUUUUGUUUUUGUUUUGGGGUUAUAUGGACCGAGAAGAACAGCAAUGCACAUACAAAUUGAUUCCAAACGAGAAUCAGUUUCUUCCAAACGGGAGCUCAGUCAUUUUAGCCACAAAAAUCAUCGAUUCAUUUUCGAAGAACACAACAAUGUGGGUACUGAUUUAUCCUGCUAUGGAUGUGAACAACCGAUCUGGGGUCCCACCUAUUGGUGCAUAUGGUGCAAUUUUUACUUGCACCAAUCAUGUGCAGAGCUUCCUCAAGAGCUACGGACACACCCAAUUCACUCUCACCAUCCACUCACUCUCCUCGCACACCCACCUAAUGGCGAAACCAUUUGCCACUGUUCUACCUGUGGCAAAAAAUGUGAGAGGUUUUUCUACAGUUGCUACAAAUGUAGCUUUAAUAUCGACAUUGUAUGCCUUUCGGCAAUGGAUAUGAUUCACCAUACGAUCAAGCAUGAGAGCCACAACCACCAGUUGAUCCACGUGCAGAGGCCGGCCUUGUUCUUUUGUUUGGCUUGUGGUACCGAACAUAGAGGGGCCUCGUACCUUUGUACCACGUGCAGGUUCUGGGUCAACCAGAUAUGUGCUUCGCUACCGCGCACUGUAAAAUACCAUAAGCACCAUCACCAACUUGCUCUCUCGUAUUCUCUUCCCGAUGAACAUUAUCAGUUUAGGCCUGAUUGUGAUAUUUGUUCUGGGAAGUUGAGCAGAAUGCAUUGGGUUUAUCUUUGCGUUGGUUGCCGAUACUUCGCCCAUGUCAAUUGUGCAACAUCCAAGGCCGAGCCGUUCAGGGACUGUGAAAUAGAGGUCGAAUCCAAAAAUGUUGACCCAAAGCUGAUCAGAUUGCCAUUAGCCGAUCAAUCGGUCGAUCCUCUACUGCUUUUCAUCAAGCACAUCGGGCUGCAAGGGAAGUAUAAAAAAGCCUCAGAGGUCACUCACAUUAGUCAUGACCAUCCAUUGGUUUUCGCUGACAACAUAAUCAACGAAGACAAACUUCCCCUCAUGACUGAGGAGAGACGAAGAGAAAAUUGAAAAGCGUGCGCCCAACCCGUUUCGGCCCCAUAUUUCCACUGCAGUCAAUGCAACUUCUUUCUCCAUGAGUGUUGUGCAGAGUUACCCGACAAAUUGCAACAUCCAUGUCACCCAGAGCACCCGCUUAUCUUGAUUGCAGAGCUCAGCACAAACUUUCGUCUACGCAAAUGUGCAUGUUGUUCAAAAUGGUGCAACGUCUUUAUGUUUGGUUGCUCUUCUUGUGAUUUCUACCUCGACAUCCUGUGUGCUUCCCUACCCACUAUUAUCCGACAUGAAGCUCACCAGCGUGCCCUUGCUUCAAGGAAAGUAUGCAAUGUUAUUUGUAGCAUAUGUAGUGGGAAUGUUCAAGGGUUUGUGUUUGAAUGCGGUGGUUGCAGUUUCAUCUUAUGCUAUUUUUGUGCUCUAUUGCCGUCAAAGUUCACGCAUAGAUGGGAUAAACACCCUUUCUUGUUAACCUACUCACCCGUUGAAAACCAUAUGGAUGAGUAUUAUUGUGAGAUGUGUGAGCGAGAAGUAAACCCCAAACGUUGGUUCUAUCACUGUGUCGAUUGCGACCAAUCGUUCCAUACAGGAUGUGUCGAAACUUUCUUCAGCGAUUUGCAUUUAAAUGUGAAGUUUGGGGAUACUCUCAAGGUUGACAAACACUCCCACCUUCUUUCUUGCGUUCGAUGCCCUAAGAACAAUUGCCAACAGCCCUCUUGUAAUAGCUGCGGUGGAUUACUCCUAAAGGAUAGUAUGGCCUUUGAAUGUGCUCCUUGUAAGUGAAGGCUCCACCACGAGUGUGCGAAUGAUGCAGCAAGCAAGAGAAGUUCUGUGAAGAAGCCACUGGAUAUUUUCUACCCCAAAGUGUAUUCAUAGUUACACUCUUAAGUCACAUAAUGCAUGAGGAUUGAAUGUGCACCUUGUUAUUUGUCUUUUUUUUUUUUUUUGUAUGUCGCAAAAGAGUUUGUAUGGUGUUAUUCCCGAUGCAUGGCAUCGUUAAAAGUUAGUUAAGUUAUGCAAUUUUAUGGCCGUUAGUUUCA